UUGGCCCUCCAUUCCAUGGGGUUGCCGCUGCCCAAGGAGAAGGGGUUAAUUCUCAGUCUACAGAGAAAGUUGUGCAGAUGGUUCCAGAGACAGGAGUCAUGGGUUCAGAGCCGAGAUGAGCAGAACCUGCUGCAGCAAAAGAGGAUCUGGGAGUCUCCUCUCCUUCUAGCUGCCAAAGAGAACAAUAUCCAGGCCCUGAACAAGCUGCUCAAGUAUGACACCUGUGAAGUGCACCAGCGAGGAGCCCUGGGGGAGACGGCGCUUCACAUUGCAGCUCUCUAUGACAACCUGGAAGCCGCCAUGGUGCUGAUGGAGGCUGCCCCCGAUCUGGUCUUUGAGCCCAUGACAUCUGAACUCUAUGAAGGUCAGACUGCACUGCACAUCGCUGUCAUGAACCAGAACCUGAACCUGGUGCGUGCUCUGCUUGCGCGCGGGGCCUCUGUCUCUGCCAGAGCGACAGGUGCUGCCUUCCGCCGCAGUCCCCACAACCUCAUCUACUAUGGGGAGCACCCUUUGUCCUUUGCUGCCUGUGUGGGCAACGAGGAGAUCGUGAGGCUGCUCAUUGAACAUGGAGCUGACAUCCGGGCCCAGGAUUCCCUGGGAAACACAGUGCUACACAUCCUCAUCCUGCAACCCAACAAGACCUUUGCCUGCCAGAUGUACAACCUGCUGCUGUCCUAUGAUCAGCACCGUGACCAUCUUCAGUCCCUGGAAUUCGUGUCCAAUCAUGAGGGCCUCACGCCCUUCAAGCUGGCAGGGGUGGAGGGCAACACUGUGCUGUUCCAACACCUGAUGCAGAAGCGGAAGCACAUCCAGUGGACGUACGGGCCGCUGACCUCCACUCUCUAUGAUCUUACGGAGAUCGACUCCUCAGGGGAUGAGCACUCCCUGCUGGAACUUAUCGUCACCACCAAGAAGCGGGAGGCUCGCCAGAUCCUGGACCAGACACCAGUGAAGGAGCUGGUGAGCCUUAAAUGGAAGAGAUAUGGACGGCCGUACUUCUGCAUGCUGGGGGCCAUCUACCUGUUGUACAUCAUCUGCUUCACUGUGUGUUGCAUCUCCCGCCCCCUGAAGCCCAGGACCAGCAACCGCACCAACCCCAGGGACAACACCCUCUUACAGCAGAAGCUCCUUCAGGAAGCCUACCUGACCCCUGCAGAUGACAUCCGCAUGGCAGCGGAGCUGGUGACCAUCUUGGGAGCUGUGAUCAUCUUGCUGGUGGAGAUUCCAGAUAUCUUCAGGUUGGGGGUCACUCGCUUCUUUGGACAUACCAUCCUUGGGGGGCCAUUCCAUGUCCUCAUCAUCACCUAUGCCUUCAUGGUGUUGAUAACCAUGGUCAUGCGGCUCACCAAUACAGACGGGGAGGUGGUGCCCAUGUCUUUUGCCCUGGUGCUGGGCUGGUGCAAUGUCAUGUAUUUUGCCCGAGGAUUCCAGAUGCUAGGCCCCUUCACCAUCAUGAUCCAGAAGAUGAUUUUUGGUGACCUGAUGAGAUUCUGCUGGCUGAUGGCUGUGGUCAUCUUUGGAUUUGCUUCAGCGUUCUACAUCAUCUUCCAGACAGAGGACCCCGAUGAGUUGGGCCAUUUCUACAGUUACCUCAUGGCACUCUUCAGCACCUUUGAGCUGUUUCUCACCGUCAUUGAUGGCCCUGCCAACUAUGAUGUCGACCUGCCCGUCAUGUACUGCAUCACCUACGCUGCCUUCGCCAUCAUUGCCACGCUGCUCAUGCUCAACCUGUUGAUCGCUAUGAUGGGUGACACUCACUGGCGAGUGGCCCACGAGAGGGAUGAGCUCUGGAGGGCCCAGGUCGUGGCAACCACAGUGAUGCUGGAGCGAAAGUUGCCUCGUUGCAUGUGGCCUCGCUCUGGGAUCUGUGGACUCAAGUAUGGCCUGGGGGAUCGCUGGUUCCUGCGGGUGGAAGACAGGCAGGAUCUAAACCGGCAUCGGAUCCGGCGCUACGCACAGGCCUUUCAUAGCCCGAGUGAUGACUUGGACAAAGACUCAGAUGAAAAAAUGGAACUGGGCCACUCACUGGGCCUCCGCCAGUCCUUCCUCAUGCCCUCAUUGUCUCGAAGCUCCUCCCGUAGCAGUACCAACUGGGAAAAACUUCGCCAGGGGGCUUUAAAGAGAGACCUGCAGGGGGUGAUCAACCGGGCUCUAGAAGAUGAUGAUGGCUGGGAGUACCAGAUCUGAGUGUGAGCUCU